GGAGACCCUGGAGGAAUGACAGUCUCUUCCCCUCUGGGUACCACACUUCAGCUGGAGAAAAUGAACUGGGCCAGUGGAUACGUUUUACUGGUCCUGGUGUCCUUCGUCACCCCGCAGACCACGGGGGCCUUACUGGUGCACAUGAAGGGAAACGACACAGAAAAUGGUAACGCAACAGACGGAGGAUCUGUCCCCGCUGCGUUCACAAAAGUGAGCCAGAUAAUUGCCCGUGAAGGGAGCUGCGCGCUGAUUGAUUGCAAUGUCACUGGAGACCCAUUCCCCAGUGUUCAGUGGUUCAACUCCCAUGGUGACCGAGUGGACACGAGUGGGGGAAAGUGCUCGCUGCUGGACAACGGUGUCCUCAACAUCACCAGCAUCGAGUUUGCGGACCGGGGGAAGUACACCUGCAUGGCGUCCAACCUGUACGGCAGCUCCAACUGCACAGUGACAUUGCGCGUGGUCUUCACUAACGGCGACAUGGGUGUGUACUACAUGGUGGUGUGUCUGGUCACCUUCACCAUCAUCAUGAUCCUGAACAUCACGCGCCUCUGCAUGAUGAGCAGCCACCUGAAGAAGACGGAGAAAGCCAUCAACGAGUUCUUCCGCACCGAAGGCGCGGAGAAGCUGCAGAAGGCCUUCGAGAUCGCCAAGAGGAUCCCCAUCAUUACCUCGGCCAAAACACUGGAGCUCGCCAAGGUGACGCAGUUCAAGACCAUGGAGUUUGCGCGGUACAUCGAGGAGCUGGCUAGGAGCAUCCCGCUUCCCCCGCUCAUCAUGAACUGCCGCACCUUCAUGGAGGAGAUCCUGGAGGUGGUAGGGGUGGAGGAGAUGAGGCACACCUUCGUAAGACAAGCUCCCGAGGGACGCAGGCUCACCUCGAUCGGAGUGAGAGACGUCUUCACCAUCCUGCAGGAGCGGGAGCGAGGGCGCGAGAGGGGGCGCAGCGAGUCACCCGCCGCCGACUCCGACAACUCCUCUGAUCACGAGCAGCCGCAGCACAUCGCCAUCCAGGUGUCGGUCCACCCGCCACUUGCCGCUGGAAGCUACCAGAGUAUAGAAACCCCGGCACAGCCCGAGGCUGCGCCCUCCUCGCCCCCGCCGUCGACUCCUCUUCACAACGAGCAGCCCGAGGAUGCCGAACAGGCUGCCACCAAACCGAUGGCGAGUAAGACCCCUCCCUGCCAGGUGUUCUACGAGAGCCACGUGUGACGAAACAGGCGAACCCUGAAGAGAUAAGUUACCCUGCUAUGCAUUUCCACUUGAAUAAAGGUCCACAAAACAUUUUUAAGUUCACAUUUUGAAGAGAAACAAUCACUUUUAUUUAUCUUUUGUGAACAAUCUCUCUAAACCUCUGUAGGCUGAUCUACUGAGAAUAAAUCAAAAGGUUUUUAGACACUUGAGCUUUUUUUCUCACUCUGGAUGCUUGAAUGUACACAGGCAGAGGAAUCGAUAUUAAUGUAAUAAGCAGAGCAUUGUAAAGGGGCAUUUCCUGUGUUCUUAUUUAAAGAAUUGUGGGGAUUUUUCAGUUGUUAGUUUCUUACAGUGCUGGGGGUUUUUAUGACUAACUUCAGAAAUCUGCCUCAAGCUGCUCUUCAUGCCGUUCUUUUCAAACCAUGAAAGCGAGCUUCCUAGAUCCGCUCAAGAACAUCCAGCUACUGUCACAGCCGGUCUGUUGUCGUCACACGGCGUGCCGCUCGCCUACAGGUGCAUGCUUGAACUGAGAAAAAUAACCGAGGCUGACUCCUUUUCUUUUUGGUCCAUGAUUGUACAGCUCUCUGCAUCUCUAAAAACAUGAAAGUAAGCCAGGAAAGUGUGCACACACUAGGUAGAGUUUAAUGUUUCCUUUGAAAUGCUUUCAGAGUAAUUUUAUUAUUUUACUGCCCAUUUUGUGAUGUGAUUUUUGUUUCUUUUUUUUUUCUUCUUAAGCAAAAACAAGACAGCAGUCUUGAGUAGAGAAAAGCAGCUUUGCGUCCUUCUGAUUUUAUUUUGACUUCUGACCCAAUUUCAGUAUCUUUGUCUUGCUUCUGCAGAGGCUUUACAGUACAGUUGUAUUUCUGCUGCAUGUGGAGAUGUUAGACAUCUUUCUCUGGGACUGAAAGGACUCCUUUUGUUUUCUCCUUCGCUUGGCUAACAGUCCAGUCUGUGGCAAAGAUGAACUGGACGAUGUUCUGCUUCUACUGGUGCUUUUGAAAUGCCUCUUUUGUAGUGGAAUAAAAUGAAAGUGCUGUGCUUAAAAUGA